GGAGGGGAUGGCGGGGGGUAAAGGCGGCGGUUCGCCGAGUAAGGAAAAGAAAAAGAAGAAAUCGUCGAGUCCGAAGAAGAGUGCGAGUAGUGCGGGGCUGAAGGUAGAGUGAUGGAUGUUUGUUUUGGUCUUUCGGACGUCAUUAUGCUUGUGCGCUAGCAUUCCCGUGCUGGAAAUUUUGCAUGAGAAAGAACUUUUCCAAGUUCUGUCGUCUUGUCAUGUAAAUAAAUCUUUCCCGCCCUUUACACUCUCACUCUUCACACAUUAGGCUGCCGCCUCCGCUGGUGACCUGAACAUGAAUUACUCCCCAUCCAAAUCCGGCUCGCCUUCGAAAACUAAAUCCUCGCCAAGCAAGAAGAAAACAAAAGCGAAAAAG